CAAUUAUCAUUUGUUGUUAGAAAAAGCGGAAUCAUAAUAGGAUUUUUUUUAGCCAAAUCGAUUUAUUAAAAGUUCGGUCGGUAGUGCGGAACGUUUACUAUUGAAAUUAAUUGAUUGUGAUUAGUCGUCUUAAAUAUGGAAUACGCAAGUACUACAGGGCUGUUCAUAUGGGUGCUAUGGCCGUUUCUUCUCCCUGUAACUAUCCUAAUACUUUUGUACAUAUGUGCAUUACUUGCAUAUUUUUGCAAGAUAUAUUGCCUAAUCUUGCGAAAAUUGAAUAAGAGCAAAGGCGGAUGGGACAGCGCUGCUCGAACCAUGAUUUCUGGAUUAUGGUAUCUUCAUGGGAAAAUUUGGCAUGGGUACGAAGUUCGUGGAUUGCAUAAUGUACCUGAUAGUGGGCCCUCAUUGUUUAUAUUUUAUCACGGGGCAGUGCCAACAGAUAUGUACUACUUCUAUACACACGUUUAUUUUCACAAGAAUAGGAUAUUGAAUGCUGUUGCAGAUCGUUUUAUGUUUAAACUGCCAGGCUUUCCAAUUCUGAUGGAGUGCUUGAAGGCAACCACGGGCACGAAACAAACAUGCAUCAAUCUUCUCAAAGACGGGAAUAUUCUGGCAUUAUCGCCUGGAGGUGUCUACGAAUCCCAAUUUAGUCACAAUUACAACUUAAUGUGGAAAAACCGCAUAGGAUUCGCUAAAGUGGCAAUCGACGCCAAAGUUCCAAUUAUACCAAUCUUCACUGAAAACGUACGAGAAGCAUUUCGGUCGGUAAGCUUUGCACAACGCUUAUUUUUGAAGCUAUACACUUGGACCAAAUUACCGGUUGCACCAGUCUAUGGAGCGUUCCCUGUCAAAAUGAUUACCCACGUUGGUAAACCGAUAGCUUACGACCCCGAGUUAACACCGGAAGAAUUACAAGUCAAGGUGGCUGACGCCAUUAAUCACCUAAUCAGCGAGAAUCAGCGAUUACCUGGAAGUAUUUUACAUGCGUUAAUCGAUAGAAUUUCCUCACUUAAGGAACGUCAUAAACUAAACCAACAUACACUUAGAAAACAAAAAUAAGGGAUGUAAUGUAAUUUUAAGUGUAAUUGAUUUAGUUAAUAAAUUAUAGUUUUCAAAGUGA